ACACUGUUGUGUAAAAGCAAACACAGACCAACAACAUUCCUCAACCUCCUCUUUCUCUCUCCUUUUUUUCCCUACUGGUUAGGGUUUCUGAUCAUCUUGGACCUUCUAUCUUUGUAAUGCAAUCGGUGCCUGGAGAUCUACACAUAUAUCUGCUCUGCUUUCUGUUGUUUUUGGUGAUCGAUCUGAUCAUUUUUGGUCUCGAUUGGGGGGUUUAUACUCAGAACCAGCCAUGCCUGCUCUCGUUAAUUACAGUGGGGAUGAUGAAUUUUAUUCUGGGGGGUCCGUCUAUUCCAUGGAUUCGAGCCUCUUGUGUUCUAUUGGUUAUUGCCCUCCUAGCAAGCGGGCUCGAAUCACUUCCCCAUUUGCUUUCUCUGGUAACAUGUUUGAGGAGAGAACACCAUCCAUUGAAGUUCUUCCCGAUGAAUGCCUCUUUGAGAUUUUCAGACGCCUCCCUGGAGGCCAAUCAAGAAGUGCCUCUGCUUGUGUAUCCAAGCGUUGGCUCAUGCUCUUAAGUAGUGUACGCAAUUCUGAGAUUUGCAAGAGCAAGAAUGCUAAAGUAAAUGAGUCAUCCGAUGAUGUAGAUAUGAUAUCUAGUAAUGAAGAUCUGGAACUCAAGAGCGACGAUGGAUGUCUUACAAGGUGCUUGGAAGGGAAGAAAGCAACAGAUAUUAGACUUGCUGCUAUUGCAGUUGGAACUUCAAGUCGUGGGGGACUUGGUAAGCUUUCAAUCAGGGGAAGCAACGCUACUCGUGGAGUCACCUGCCAUGGUCUCUCCGCUAUUGCUCAUGGUUGCCCUUCGUUGAGGGUGCUUUCUCUGUGGAAUGUCCCAUGUAUUGGGGAUGAAGGUUUGUUUGAGAUAGCCAGGGAAUGCCAUUUGUUGGAGAAGCUUGAUCUCUGUCAGUGUCCUUCGAUUUCCAACAAGGGUUUGAUUGCAAUUGCAGAGAACUCACCAAAUUUGUCUACUUUAACGAUUGAAUCUUGUCCAAAAAUCGGCAAUGAGAGCUUGCAAGCUAUUGCACGGUGCUGCCCAAAGCUUCAGUCCAUCACAAUCAGAGACUGCCCUUUGGUUGGGGAUCAGGGAGUUGCAAGCCUCUUGUCAUCAGCCUCUUCUGUCUUGACAAAGGUAAAGCUUCAGGCCUUGAGCCUUACCGAUUUCUCUCUUGCUGUAAUUGGGCAUUAUGGAAAGGCCCUUACAAGUCUUAUCCUUAGUGGGCUUCAAAAUGUGAGCGAGAGGGGAUUUUGGGUCAUGGGAAAUGCUCAGGGUUUGGAAAGAUUGGCAUCGCUGACAAUUACUUCUUGUCGCGGGACAACGGAUGUGAGUCUUGAGGCCAUAGGAAAGGGCUGCCAUAACUUGAAACAGAUGUGCCUCCGUAAGUGUUGCUUUGUAUCAGAUAGCGGGUUGGUAGCUUUUGCCAAAGCUGCUGGAUCUCUUGAGAGCCUGCAAUUGGAGGAGUGCAACAGGAUCACCCAAUCCGGGAUUUUGGGUGCCCUCUCAAAUGGUGGAUCAAAGUUGAAAUCUCUUGCCCUAGUAAAAUGCAUGGGAAUCAAGGAUCUAUCAGUCGAAACACCCUCACUCUCUCCAUGUGAAUCUCUUCGCUGCUUGUGCAUUCGAAACUGCCCGGGUUUCGGUAGUGCUAGCUUGGCCACAGUGGGGAAGUUGUGCCCUCAGCUUCAUCACGUAGAUCUAAGCGGGCUUUGUGGAAUAACUGAUGCCGGGCUUCUUCCACUCGUGGAGAGCUGCGAAGCAGGACUCAUUAAGAUGAAUCUUAGUGGUUGCUCAAAUUUGACAGACGAAGUGGUUUCCGCCAUUGCUAGGCUACAUGGUGGAACCCUUGAAGUGCUGAAUCUUGAUGGUUGCAAUAAGGUUACCGAUGCAACCCUUGUGGCAAUUUCUGACCACUGUCUCAUAUUAAAUGAUCUCGACCUGUCCAAGUGUUCAAUCACCGAUUCUGGCAUUGCUACGUUGUCUCGUGGAGAGCAGCUGAAUUUGCAGAUCCUUUCCCUGUCCGGUUGCUCCAAGGUAUCAAAUAAAAGUACGUCUUCCCUGAGAAAAUUGGGCAAAACCCUUGUGGGAUUGAACCUCCAACAUUGCAAUUCAAUCAAUAACAGCAUGGUUGAGCUACUUAUGGAGAGCUUGUGGAGAUGUGAUAUCCUAUCCUAGAUCAGGGAAAGAAGAUAUCAGUGUGAAGUUAGCAGAUAAUAGAUGCCUAGAGCGUACUAGUUAGUUUUCCGUUUUUAGCACAUCAGAAGCGGGCGUCCUGGUAACCUGGUGGCUUGGUUGUUUUCCAGGGGACUUUGGCAGAUCUCUUUUUCCUGUCUCUUUUUUGCAGGUUCGUAAGAAAACCUGUUUUAACUAAUUAGUCUUCCCAUCAAUGGGGGGCUGCCUCUUUCACAGCCAUGGUUCCCUGAGAAUACAGUUACCAAGUCCUGGGAAUUUAGGUGUUUCUGGAUACUCCAUUCCCCGACAUACAAGUUCCUGGUUCUGUUUUGCUGGGUUUUCAAUACCCGGUAUUUGUUUUAGCUUGGUCGUGCCCUCCUUCCUGAUGUGCCUUGAUAGUCUCUCCAUGUCGGUUUCUAGUGUCUUUCAGAGUCGUUUGUGUGUUCAACACUCUUGUUUUGGGUUUGUUUAUCUAAGGUAUGUGUUCUUAGGGUGUGGUUGCUAUGGGCAGUUCAAAGUGUGGGGUACCUCGGAUUCUUGGGCUUCGGGCAUGGCAGUUAGUUCAUUUUAGCUUGCCAUGACAACCUUGUUUGGUUGUUUUUUCACGUGCCGGGUCCAAGUUUUUGGUAGGAUUUUCAAGUCCUAUUUUUUUUUUUUGCAGGUCUCCUUGCCUGUGAAUUGAACCUUGCAACUACUCUUUUACUUUGUAAUGGAAUGAUAUUUUCCCUGUUGUGUUCUUUUA